GAGUCGGGCCGGCAGCUCUUUCUUGGCGGCCCGCGACGUCACGUUUCCAGCAAGCAAGCUCCAGGUAGAUAUUACAACUCUACGCGUCAAGCUGCGCUCUGAGGAGCGCAUCGUACACGACACUCUAAUGGCCUCGACCACCACAUCGGCCUUAGAGCCAGCACCCGCAUCUUCACCAGCCGUGAAAAUCUCCCUCCCACUGCCCUACCAGCAAGAACUCUUCACAUCACUGCUCACAUCCGACGCGCUCCUGAUCCUUGCGCGCGGCCUGGGCCUGCUGCGCAUAGUCACGAACCUGCUGCACGCGUACGACGUCGCGGGCGAGAACCUGGUGCUGCUCGUCAACGCGAGCGAGGAUGAGACCGACUGGGUUGGCGAGGCGAUGGCCGAGACGGGCGGGGUGGGCUGCGCAAAGGGGUUGAGAGUAAUCAAUACUGAGGCUAUGGGUGUGGCCGGGAGGAGGAAGACUUAUGAAAGGGGGGGAGUCAUGGCGGUUACUAGUAGGAUACUGGUGGUGGAUUUGUUGACCGAUAAUAUUCCGUCGGAUAGGAUUACGGGGGUGGUGGUGUUGCACGCGGACCGGGUGACUGCGACCUCCCUCGAGGCGUUUAUCCUCCGCGUGUACCGCCGCAAGAACAAGUCCGGGUUCAUCAAGGCGUUCUCGGACAACCCAUCGGGGUUCGCGUCCGGCUUCUCUCCGCUGUCGACGAUGCUCAAGAACCUGCACCUGCGCACGCCGACGCUGUACCCGCGCUUCCACGUUGCCGUCGCCGAGUCGCUCGAGAGCAAGACCGCGGAGGUAAUCGAGCUCGACGUCCCGCUCAGCCCGGCCAUGCUGGAUAUCCAGAACGCAAUCCUGCAGUGCAUCGAGUCCUCGCUGUCGGAGCUGCGCAAGGGCGGGAACUCCCGCGAGAUAGAUAUGGAGGACUGGAACGUGGAGGCGGCGCUGCACCGUGCGUUCGAUGUCACGCUGCGCCGCCAGCUGGAUCCCGUCUGGCACAGGGUGAGCUGGAAGACGAGGCAGAUCGUGGGCGACCUCAAGGAGCUAAGGGAUAUGCUUUCGUACCUGGUGACGUACGACGCCGUGAGCUUCCACCAGUAUCUCGAAGGCAUCCUGGCUACGCAGAGCUCGGGCGCCACAAGCAUGGGAAUGGGGAGGAUGAACCAGUCCCCGUGGCUGUACCUCGACGCUGCGCAGACGAUCUUUGAAACCGCGAAAAGAAGGGCGUAUGUGGGCACUCUGCCGAAGAAUGGGGGUAGUGGAGCAACAAUCCCCGCCACAUUACACCCGGUGCUUGAGGAGCUGCCGAAGUGGGCGACGCUUUCGGGGAUCCUCGAUGAGAUCGAGCGCGAGGCGGUAAUGAAUCCGCAGCUUGAUCAUGGGACCAACGGGACUGUGCUCGUCAUGUGCUCGGACGCAAAGGAGUGUCGCCAGCUGAGGGAGUACCUGCAGACUGUCAAUCGGCCAGUCGAGGAUGAGGAGGAUGGGGAGGACGAUGCGGAGGACGAUGAUGGGGAGGAGAAAGAGGGCGGGAGGGUCACGCAUUCAGCAAACUACAUGAUGCGGCGGAGACUCCGCGGGUAUCUAGCGUGGAAACAGGAUCUUUCGAAGUUCAAGGCGGCGUAUAACGAGAUGAACCGAGGCACCGGCGGGGGGGGUACUGGGGGUGCGCAGAUGCAGAAACGGAUGCAGGAGCCCCAGAGUUUCCGCGGGAGAGCACCAGCCAAUAAACGCCGGCGAAUGCGCGGUAGUGGGAAUGUCGGCUCUUCUUCUAAAGCUACGGCGGGUGCACAGCCCUCGGAUGAACAGGCUGUCAAUGUGGCAGCGCUGUGGCAGAGUCUCCAACCGACUGAAGAGGAGGCGGCGGCGAAACAGGAGAUUGCCGUCGAUCCGUUGGAACACAUGGAGGACUUCUAUGAGCUCUUCGAGCUGAAGAAUCUGGUGGUUGUCCACCCGUUCAGUGGGGAUAUGGAUGAUCGACUGCUUGAGGAGCUGCGACCCAGGUGGAUAGUCAUGUAUAAUCCCGACACGGCGUUUGUACGGCGGGUUGAGGUGUAUCGAAGCUCCCACAAUGACCGCCAGGUAAAGGUCUAUUUCCUCUACUACGGUGACUCGGUGGAGGAGCAGCGAUUCCUGAGCGCCGUACGACGGGAGAAGGACGCCUUCUCCAAACUGAUCAAAGAGAAAGGCUCCAUGGCCGUAACCCUGACCACCGACGCCCACACCGACAUCGACCAAGCUGAGCUCCUGCGGACAAUAACCAACACGCGACUCGGGGGCGGGGGCAAACUCUCGGCCACAGCCGAACCACCACGGGUAAUCGUGGACAUCCGGGAAUUCCGCUCGUCGCUGCCCUCACUGCUGGACGCGCGCGGCACCUCACCAGUCCCCGUCACGCUCACGGUGGGCGACUACAUCCUGACGCCCACGAUCUGCGUGGAGCGCAAGUCGAUCAAGGACCUGAUCGCCUCCUUCCGCAACGGGCGGCUAUACACGCAGUGCGAGGCGAUGAGCGCAUCCUACGCGCAGCCGAUGGUACUAAUCGAGUUCGAGAAAGACCAAUCGUUCAGCCUGGAGCCGUUUGCGGGCGCAGAUACCUCCUCCUCCUCCACCGCCGCGCCGGGGGGCGACGAUAUCCAGGCCAAGCUUGUCCUGCUAACCAUCGCGUUCCCGAGGAUGUCGUUUAUCUGGAGCAGCAGUCCGCACCAGACCGCGGAGAUAUUUGCGGAGCUCAAGAGCGGCCAUCCAGAGCCGGACGUGGACGCGGCGGUCGUCGUCGGGCUCGAGGCCGGCGAGGACCCAAAUAGUAGCUAUAACAAUGCGCCGCAGGAGAUGCUGCGCGUCAUCCCGGGCAUCAGCGGUAAGAACGCUAGGCUCGUCAUGCAGGAUGUCGAGAAUCUCACUGAGCUCAGCAAUAUGGACGAGGCGGACAUCGCGAAGCUUGUGGGGAAGGAGGCCGCGAAGAAGGUUUGGAGGUUUUUUAAUAAGACGUUUUGAACCCAGGGGGAAGCGUGUAUGAUAUGAUGUAUGAUAGCGACCUUUCGAUUUCUGCGUGCGGCAUUCACAUGUUGAAUGAAAACCCAACGCAGCCACCCGCCAAACUACAACAGCUACUACAACUACAAGUUCAUGACUUCAUCCAUCGAGCCAACCUACAAGAUCAAAAAAUAAUACAGAAACAAACAAAGCCGGCCCACCACCGCCCAGACCUCAGUC